GAUGGCUGUUGAUGUGCUCGAUGCGUAUCAGUACACAGUAGUACGAUCUUAUUGGCAGUGGAUUAACAAUGAUGUAAAAAGGUCGAUCUCAUCUGCCUUGUAACAAUCCUAGAAACUUUUAAGUGUAGGUAGGCACUUACUUACAUACUAGUCAGUUUAUCCGGUCGGAACCCCUUCCCCCGCGCGUCAUUUCGUCAACCCUUGCACAGGGUCGCAACCACACUUUCAACACAUACUGCAACUUAAUUUUAGACAUUGAGAUAUCUACCACUCACACACUCUCUUUUCGUUUUGUUUUGCUCCGCCCUACUGUGCUGGAUACAAUUGAGGUUUGCAAAUGGUGUUUGAUGGUCUACAAGCAGUUUGACUGCGCUCAAGUUCCACGAUAAAGAUUUCUAGCUCUUUCACAUAUGGUUUACUUCGCAUUCGACCGAGAUCUUUUGCAAUUCGUCGUUGCCAAUUCGAAUCUCCUAGAAUCCUAAUUGGGAAGGAGUUUUCGAGGACGUAUACUUAUAUGUCCAGAGCACACACAACUCAACAUCGCAUUACUAAAUCGAAGAAGAAUAGAAGAUCACUAGGAAUUCCGAAUCUGCCAACACAAACACGACAGGAUAUUAUAAGACAGGGAAUAUUGUUGCUCGAAGAAAUUCGAAAGCUGAUAAAGGUGGAAAACUUGGGACGCUCGACAGAUUUGAGCAAUCUUAUAAUGCCUCCAGCUACGAGGAAGAGAAAAUUUAGCGAGGAUAAAGAGGGAGAGGGGAAGGAUAAGGGAGGAUCUAGCAGUGCGCAGAAAUAUUACGCAGUCAGGAAAGGGAAGGAAACCGGCGUGUUUACUGAUUGGGAGGAUUGUAAGGAACAAAUUACGGGGUUUGGGGGAGCUAUGUAUAAAUCUUUUUCGACAAAAUCAGAUGCAGAAGCAUUUGUAGCCGGGAAGAAUCCAGCGAAAUUUUCAAAGGGAGAUAAAUUCUAUGCUGUGGCCGUGGGACACGAAACGGGGGUUUAUGAGGAGUGGGCGGAUGCGAAAAAACAAAUUGAUGGGGUAAAGGGACCAAAAUAUAAGAAAUUUGCUACAAGGGAGGAGGCAGAGGAGUUCGUGAGAGAAGGUGGAAAGGCCAAUAAGAAGGUUAAGACAGGGUCGGGAAAAGAGGAGAGCGAAAAGAAAGUGGUGAAGGGGAAGGGCAAGGUUACGGUGGAAGAGAAAGCGCAGGAAGUGAGUAAGGGAGAUAUGAUAAAGGUUUGGACGGAUGGGAGUAGCAGAGGCAACGGAAAGGUUGGGGCCGUGGCUGGAUAUGGUGUUUUCUUUGGAGACGGCGAUGAAAGAAACAUCUCGGCUCCCCUAGAAGGCUCCCCUCAAACUAACCAGCGCGCCGAACUCACGGCUGCGCUCCGCGCCCUCGAGACUGUACCAUUAGAUAAGAAUAUCGAAAUUAUCACAGACAGCAAUUACACCAUAAAUUGCGCAACGGUAUGGUAUAAGAAUUGGGGGAAAAAUGGAUGGAAAACUAGUACUGGAAAACCAGUCAUGAACGAAGACUUGGUGAAGCAGAUUAGGGCACUCAUUGACAAGAGAACGAAAAAUAAGGCUCAGACUAAUUUGACGUGGGUUAAGGGGCAUGAUGAGAACCCGGGGAAUGUGGCGGCGGACAGGUUGGCUGUUAAGGGGGCAAUGGAGAAGAACAGGUGAGGAGCUCGUUGUUCGAGCCUCUUACUUAGCACUCCUCCCAUUUUUGAAAUGAUACCAUUGUUUAUAUUGUACUGGUAUCCGCAGAGCUUUGGGUAGCCAGCUACUAGUUAUUUGUCCAAUAAAGACCUUUGAUUCUUUAGUAGUCCUGUUCGGCAUAUAUCAUUUCAUUCUUCAAUCGACAUUGGGUCACAUCUGAAGUUGUUCAGAUGAUAUCAUAGAGAGAGGAAUAGUAUUAAUCAUUCAUGCCAUUUUCAAUCUUUAUCUUUCGUUUCAUGAAGCGCCCAGACACGUGCCAGAUUCCUGGAGGGGCGAACACAUGGCUGGAUGCAAUGCAGGGGCACGCUCUGGGCGGAAAAACCGGCAUACCAAGACGGGCAAAAUCAAAACUCUUUUCCAAAACACUAUUUUUUGAAAAACGAAUGACGAUUUGAAAAGGUAUGGCGAAUUGAGUAAAAAAAAAAGUGUGUGAUAAAAUAUAAGCUUUUAAUAUCCGAUCUCUAAUUCA